AACGGACCACCUUUCGUCCAUGUUCCGACUUUCAUUUUACACUCGCAUGUCUGGAUUACCCACCAAAAAGAAAACAAAUGUCUGGUUUUACAUUUUGCCUCAAUUCAUGUCCUUUUUGACUUAUUACCACGCCCCUUAAUUUAAGCUGAACCCUCACUAAAGCCAACCUCCAUUAACUCUCCUGGUCUUAAAUUUAAGGGUUCCUCCAUGAGCUCAGAUCUCUUUCGAUUUCUGUAUUGAAGAUUUAUCAGAUCCGGCAACAACCCACUAAAUGUUCACUAAAAUGACUAAAUCAAAACACACUUUCAAGAUCAUCACUUUCUCUCUAACCCUUUUGAUUUUACUGGGUUUAAUUACUUCAAUCAUAGCUUCAGAAUCAUCAGUUCCAGAUGAUAAUACUAAUAAUGAGGAAGAUGAUGUUAAGGAUUUCGAAGAAUUGUUAGCAUUGGAUGAGGAAGAAGAAGCAGCAGAAGAUUCUCAAGUGAAAUCAGCUGAAGCUGAGGUUUUAACUAAAGCACAAAGAAUUGUUCCUGAAUUGAACAUGGAGAACUAUAAAAGAGUUGUCUUUGAAGGAAAUGAAUUUGUUUUGGUUCUGGGUUAUGCUCCAUGGUGCUUUAGAAGUGCAGAAUUAAUGCCUAGAUUUGCAGAAGCUGCAAAUAUUCUUAAUAAAAUGGGGAAUCCUAUUGUGCUGGCAAAGAUUGAUGCUGAGAGGCAUCCAAAAGCUGCUUCUGUUCUUGGAAUUAGUGGGUUUCCAACUUUGCUUUUGUUUGUCAAUGGAAGCUCUCAGGUUUAUACUGGUGGAUUUUCGACAGAGGAGAUAGUGAUCUGGGCAAGAAAAAAGACUGGUAUGCCUACCAUUAGACUCAAUUCGGUACCCGAGUCGGAAGAUUUUCUUUCAAAAAACCCUAUGUUUAUUAUCGGUCUGUUUGAGAAAUUUGAGGGAAAGGACUACGAAGAAUUCGCAAAAGCAGCAGUUGCUGACAAUGAGAUCCAAUUUGCUGAAGCUAGCAGCUCACAAGUUGCUGAAGCUCUCUUUCCUGGUGUUAAGACUAAGGGUCAUUUCCUUGGCCUCGUCAAAAAUGAGCCAGAAACCCAUGUGGCAUUUGAGGAUACUUUAACAAUGGGAAAUAUAUUACAGUUUCUAGAGUAUAACAAGUUCCCUUUAGUUACUACACUCACUGAACAAAAUUCCAUCAGAGUUUACGCCAGCCCUGUAAAACUCCAGGUUUUUGUCUUCGGGAAUGCUGAUGACUUUAAAAACCUUUUGGCUCCUCUUCAAGAUGUUGCGAGAAAAUUCAAAUCUAAGAUAUUGUUCGUGUAUGUUGAUAUCACAGAUGAUAACCUAGCAAAACCCUUUUUGACUUUGUUUGGAUACGAAGAUUCGAAAAAAGCUGUUGUAACUGCUUUUGAUAACAAAGUAAAUGCAAAAUACUUGUUAGAAUCAGAUCCAACAGCACACAGUUUGGAGGAGUUCUGCUCUGGGCUGCUUCAUGGUACCCUAUCAACAUACUUCAAGUCACAACCAAUACCGAAUAAUGAAAAUGCAACAGUUCUAACUGUAGUAGGGAGGACUUUCGAAAAUUUGGUUUUGACCAGUCCUCAGAAUGUACUAUUAGAGGUAUAUGCACCAUGGUGCGUCGAUUGUGAAGACAUGAGCAAGAAAAUAGUGAAGUUAGCCAAGCAUUUUAAAGGAUUUGAGAAUCUAAUCAUCGCAAGAAUAGAUGCCUCUACAAAUGAACACCCAGAAUUGCAGAUAACCGAAUACCCAAUGCUUUUGUUCUACCCAUCUGCCGACAAAUCAAAUCCGACCAAAGUAUCUUCCAAGUCAAGCUUGAAAGAUCUGGCAAUAUUCAUCAACAAAAAUGCUAAAGUAGUAAAGCAUAAUCAGGAAGCUCCAGCGAAAGACGAACUAUGAAAAUGAGAGAACUAAAACCACAGUAAAUAUAUAUUCCUCUCUAGUUACGAGGAUAUGUCAAAUUUCUGAUGACCAUUGAGUGAGUAAAUCAUAGAAGAUUUUCAUGUCCUCUGCAAAGGUAGAGAAAAGAGCAAUAUAAAUCUUUUUAUCCAACAGUAUGUAAGAAUAGUCUAUAGACACUUAUUAUAGCUGUCUUGUUCUUCUAAUUGUAACUUUCUCAGGUUUAAAAUUUUGAUAAUUACUAACCUUUGUGGGUUAAUUAAGAGUUAUUUGUUGGCUUCUCUGUAAUUUAUGUUAUAUUUCUUUCCA